UAACGCUUUGCCAGCCGUGCCGAGGCACGCCUUUGUACGCCUGACGAAGUCAGGAAGUCUCCUGAGCCUUCCCGCUCCGUGGUCUUCUUAACACUUCUGCUUCUCAGGUGGCUUCAUCAUGGAUGAGAUUGUUGCUGAGUACAUCAGAAGGACUGUGCUAAAAAUCCCGCGCGAUGAGAUCAAGACAAUGCUACAGACAUGGGGCUUUCUCUCUGAGAGACAGCUGCAAACCCUGAACUUCCAUCAGACAAAGGACAACGUUUCUCAAGAUGUUGCUCAGCUCUGCGAGGAUAAUUCUGUGGAUAUAAAGCAAGCAGCAGUCCUAGACAUAAUUUACAACCACAUCUAUCCAAACAAAAGAAUAUGGAGUGUUUACCAGAUGAACAAAACAGGGGAAGAAAUGGACUUUUUUGACUUAACAGAUUUCAAAAAAAAAUUUAAAAGACGACUUCAGUCAGCUCUGAAAAACGUUACCAUCAACUUUAGAGAAUAUGAGGAUAAUGCAAUCUGGAUUAGAAUUGCUUGGGGAACACCAUAUAAAAAACCAAACCAAUACAAAACCAGCUAUGUUGUAUACCAUUCGCAGACACCCUACGUCUUCAUUUCUGCCUCAGUGCUUAGGAGCACCUUGCCUCUGCUAUGUCAGGCACUGGUUGUUGCUUCCAAUUACCAUGACAUCCGUGAAAUGGAGCUUCGAAGUCAUUGCUUAAACUCCCUUAAAGAUAUUGUGUUUAAGAGAUAUAGCCAGACCUUCCAAACUUAUUGUCCAAGACCUCUACAAGAACGGAAUGUAGCCCCGGAGAGCGUGGAUUUAAGGAUAAUUCAAGAAAACAGAAAUGAAAAAGAAAGAAUACAGAGAGUGAAUCGGGAAGUUUUUGGUGAUGGUCCCCAACCAAAACUUGAAUUUGCACAAUAUAAGCUUGAGACAAUGUUUAAAAGUAAUCCUAAAAUGGAUGUCUUGGAUAUAAAAGAGCCAUUCAGAUGUCUGGUCAAGUUUUCUAGUCCGCAUCUUUUAGAGUCACUGAAAUCCUUGGCACCAGCAGGUCUGGCUGAUGCACCACUUUCACCACUACUUACAUGUAUACCACAAAAAGCGAGGAAUUAUUUUAAAAUUAGAGAGAGGAAAGGUAUCUUUCCAGGAAGCUUUGUAAGCCCUUAAUUUAAGACUGACUUACAGAAAAAUAUAGAAGUCAUUUUUUACUGGUAUUAAUCUAAAUCAUAAUAAAGGUUAAAGCAGACUUUUAAAUUAACUUAUUCUCUGAUAAUCCCUCAAACUUCUUCAAUUUACAGCUUUUUGAAUUGUUUUUCCCCAUUGGUCUUUAACAGAAAAGUUAAUCCUUAGAUAAUUUAAAUAAAAAGCUAUUAGGAAGUUUAAACAAGGUCCAGCAGUGAUUGUGAUUAUUUAAAUGUGAUGAUUGCUCUUAAUUGUAUUUUUAGAAGUGUAUGUGAAAUUAAAAGCUAGCUAAGCGUAACCUAGUUACAACAGGACAUCUCUAGAUAUUCGGUUUACUGCCGUGACUAAGAUCUUCUAGGUAGUCGUCUUACUUAGGCUCCAGUUCAGCGGUGUAACAGAGCAAAUGCCCCAUUUUGACUGUGUGAAUAGUCAGUCCCAUUCAAACAAGGGGAUCGACCCAUCUGCCUUAGGUCAGGCACGUUGGAAGAAGAUUCCACUCCAAGGCCAUUGCGGGCAACUGGGGGAAGGAGACAGGACUCCUGAAAUGCAGAAGUCAGUAAGACAGUUCUCUCCAUCUAUACCGGACAUUGAUUCAGAUCCAGAGUUUUUACUGGCCAAGUGCAAUAUUCGAGAAUGGAUACUUAUAUAAAAAGCCAAAUCCUAUCUUUUCUGUCUGUUUGUAUUAAUAUCUUAUGAAAUUUUACCCUAGAGGAAUGCAAUGAAAUUGGCAAUAACUUUUUGUUUUGAGGAAGCUAUGUUUUAGAAUGUGUACUUCAUUAAAGAGUUCAUCCUUCUGCAAUCCGUGCUCAUUACUACUUCAUUGAACUUGUGGGCAUAAAGACUGCAGAAUCGAGAUGGCAAUGUUCGCUAAUGCCAACAUUAGCUCUGCAGUGGAGUUCCUUAGAGGUAAUAAUUAAAUAGACAUUUUAUGUAACUUUCUACAUUUUUAAUUUAAGAGAUGGAUUUGGUUGGAAGAUUCAGUUAUACUGUACGAUUUUUUAAAAAAAAUUAUUUUACCUAGAAAUUUAUUAUAGGUGUACUUUGUGUAUAUGAGACUUCUUUAGAUAUGUCAAUAAGCAAAGACAGUGUUUGGAAAAUCUGUUACACAGUGUAUCUAUUUGGACAGGUUGUAUGGGACUGUUUUUAUG